AUGGGUGGUCUAGGGGUGAAGAGUUUGAGAUUGACAAGCAAGGAAUUAAAAGGGAAGUGGAUUUGGAGAUAUACAAAGGAGAAUAAAGCUUUAUGGAGAAAAGUGGUGCAACUAAAUUUUAAGAAUGAUAUUAAGUUGCUACUUCCUAUUGAUGAUGGUAAACCACAUGGAAGAGAAUUGAAGAAUGGAAAGGGUAUAAAGUUUUGGUUGGACAAAUGGACUACCAAUGGUCCAUUAAAGAACACAUAUCCUGUAAUAUUUAAAGAUUGUAGUGUUAAAAUAGCUUCAAUUGCAGAUAUGAUUCAGAAUGGAAGAUUAUAUAUCAAAAUUAAAAGAAAUUUGUCUCAGCAAGAACAACUAAAGUGGAACUUGUUAUGUAAUGAGUUGGGUCCUAUACCUGAUUUUGUGGAAGAAGAAGAUACGGUUUAUGUGAUGGAUGAGUAUAAUGUGGAGAAGGGAUAUGAAAUCCAGUUGCAUGACAAUACAGUUUUUAAGUUUGAGAAGAAUUUGUGGAGAAAGGAUAUACCACCUAAGGUAAGUUUCAUGCUCUGGACCAAUUUUCAUAAUUCGUUGCCAUCUUUGAGCAUGCUUAGUCAUAGGGGUGUCGACAUUGAUAAUACUCUUUGCAAUAAUUGUAAUAGGGAGGAGGAUACAACUGAUCAUAUGUUUCUUCAUUGCGAUGCGAAAGAGGCAUGGGCUCACUUCAUUCAAGCUUGUCAUGUUUCAGCUACUGCUCAUGCAACUGUUCUGGAUUUAUUUAUAUAUUGGAAUGGAAUAGUUUUACAAGGAAGAUGUAAGAGAGUGUGGGAUAAGAUAAUUUAUGUUGUUCUAUGGCAUCAAUGA